UCCGACGCGGUUUCAACCUUGAUAAAAAAAAUUAAAUAAAGUAUCGAAUGAGAUGAAAAAAAAAAUUACAUAUUUCUAUACGACCGAUAAGUGCAUGAGGAAAAACUGUUCACAUUUUUCCGCGUUGCUGCGUUACCGAGAAAACGUGGACAGCGAGUGAAGAAGCUAGCUGAAGAACGCUGUACACGAGAAUAAAGUAACGAACGACCAUUCCCUGAAUUCAUUAAAACCCCGAGGGCGUGAGAUAUGGUCGUGCAAACAUCAGAAAUCGGGAGAAGGGAAAAGGAAAAGCAAAAAAAAGAAGGUUGCGAAGUCGAGUGGAGACUGCAAUAAAAAUUGCGAAGUAAUUUCGUCGAAUCUUGGAUGUGUACAUAGUUCAAAUUCGAAGAAAAGAGAAGAAAAUUUCAACGGAAAAAAAUAAAUAACUGCUAUCCACCUUGCAGCGCACAAGUUUAUACUACGAACGAUAUACAGUUUAUCAUCCUGAUUAGUUAAAAUAUAAAGUUCCAAGAAACUGUAUUUAAUUACAAAGUAAACAUUAAACUCAUCUAAUCAGUGGACAGGGUAUAAAAUGGGGGAAAAAUAAAAUCCAAUCUAACUCGGAAGAUAAAAAUUCCUGGUCAAGAAAAAAAGUUAAACAAAGUUGGAAGAGCUCUAGUCUCUAGGUAAUUAUAAGCAAUGCAAUAGAAUUGAGAAGAAAAAAAAAAGAAAAGCUCUGCAAGGAAUCAAAUCGUAAUAUGUUCGUGGCAAUGAGUUUAUUUUCCGGUGCCAUUUCGGUGACCGUUGGAAGAAAUUCAAAUACCUUACUAAAGAUAUCCAGCUAUAUAACUUGAGAGACUUCGGGGUAGACGAGUGAAAAACUUUCACGAUAAAAGGCCAAUCGAUAAUCGCCAUUUCGAGGCAAUUAAACACUUUUAUCCAGAUGUCUGAUCGCUAGAAAAAAGCAAGAAAAAAAAACGACUGCGCGCGACGUUGAAAUAAAUUUCUCAGCUGAAACCUCUGCAACAAAUUCGUAAAAUCUUAAAACACGCAGAUUGAACGCCAACAAGUCAAAUUUCAGAAUUAUCGAAUCGUUGACGGAAAUAUUGUGGCGAACCAGACAAUUCCUGUACAUGUGCAAACGUUGCAUGAAAGUUUUUUUUCGUUCUUCUCUCCGGUAAUUGAGCGGUACAGAGGCGAAGGGGGUAUUUUUCAUUGGAAUUUUCAUCCCCGACGUUCGAUAGAAAAUUCUACCUAUUGAGUACCUCCUCGACGCGGUAGAUUCGAGUGACACUGUACCGCAGUCCGCUCUCUGAGAUCGUAACUUUUAAUCCAAACACAAUGCCAGCGACUAUAAGAAGUACGGAAGUGAAGUGAAACAAUUUCCUCCUCUCAGCAAAUAUAAAAACAAAAAAAAAACCAGAACAAAAACAAAGAAGAAAGUAUUCGCCACUAGAGUGGAAAAUAUAUAAUUAAAAAAUGUGGACGUACAACUCCUAACGAUCGGUAAUAAAACCGCGGUGGGACGGAGUAAUCGCGCAUUUUAGUCGAUUUUUUAUUUCAGUUUUUCACCUUUCGUUAUUCGUAUUCUAUAGAUCGGCACCGCCGAAACUUUAUUCGAUUUUCAUCUCCUCGUAAAACAUCCGAAGCGUAGAAGGGAGGAAAGUUUAUGUGAAAAUUAAUUACCCUUCUACAAAUGACGUGAAAUAGAUUCUUGGUAAAGAGUCUAUAAUUGGCGCAAACAGCGACGACUGUGAUGAUAGUUAAUUUGACGAAGUAGUACGGAUUGAUCGGAAAUAAGAGAUGUGCAAUAUUAACGUGGGUUUUCAUUGAUGUGUGUGUACUACCUAACCACCUAUAUACUUGUAUUUAUAUAUACACAUAUAUAUGUAUGUAUAUACAAGGUGAACUGCGCAGCGCAGUUAUCUGUGCAGGAUAAACUUUUUUUAACAUUUGGAUGAGAAAUUAAAUCCUGCAGUAGAGGAUCAGCGACAGCGAUAGCGGCAGCGUUGCAGCAGUCAUGGCGUUCACAACGGCAAUGCCAUUAAUCUCCCAAGUCUCCAACUGCUCUUUGAACGAGAGCGAGUGCGCGGAGGAGGAAUACAUACCCUACAGUACACGACCGGAAACGUACAUCGUCCCUGUCGUGUUUCUCAUAAUUUUAGUCGUAGGAGUUGCCGGCAACGGGGUUCUGGUUUUGACGUUACUUCGCCACGCCAAUAUGCGCAAUGUUCCAAAUACCUACGUACUGUCAUUGGCGCUCGGCGAUCUAUUGGUAAUUCUGACCUGCGUACCCUUCACCUUCGCCGUUUACAUCGUUGAUUCUUGGCCCUUCGGGCUUAUCCUAUGCAAAGUUUCCGAGUGUGCUAAGGAUGUUUCCAUAGGAGUCUCGGUAUUUACCCUGACGGCGUUGUCUGCCGAUAGAUUUUUCGCCAUUGUCGAUCCGAUGCGAAAACUCCAUGCAACUGGAGGCGGGCGUAGGGCGACGCGUUUCACCAUUGUGAUCGCAACCUUGAUCUGGAUACUUGCCAUUAUUUGUGCGAUUCCGGCUUCGUUCUCCUUCAUCAGAGUAAUUCGCGUGAAUAAAGACGUGACCAUUAAGGUUUGCUAUCCGUUUCCCGAAGAAUUUGGCGUCGAGUAUCCAAAAACGGUAUUGAUUUGUCGUUUUUUCGUCUACUACGCACUUCCUCUCGGCGUAAUCGCAGUUUUCUACCUGUUAAUGGCGAGACAUCUCGUCCAGAGUACGAAAAAUAUGCCCGGAGAAUUACAAGGGCAAGUCAGAGCCAGUGUGAAACAAGUGAAAGCCCGAAAGAAGGUAGCGACAAUGGUGAUGGCGUUCGUCGUCGUAUUCGCCGUGUGUUUCUUUCCCCAGCACGUAUUCAUGCUGUGGUUCUACAUUCAUCCCACCGCGCAGGACGAUUACAACGCAUUUUGGAACGCGUUUAGGAUCCUCGGAUUUUGCCUGAGCUUUAUGAACAGCUGCAUAAACCCCAUCGCUCUUUACUGCGUCAGUGGAACAUUCAGGAAAUACUUCAACAGAUACUUGCUGUGCUGUUGCGUAUCGGAAAAGCGACGAUCUUCCAUCAGCAGUUCUCGACGUCGAGGUCACAGCAUUUCCAUUCCAACGUGUGGACGCGUGCAUAAUACCGGAUCGAGAAGGGGUCAGCAGAGCAUCGUGCAAUUGCCUACGUGGGCGGCUCACGGGGUCGAAACACGUAACAGGACUCAUCAACAGGAACAAGAAACCACGGUCACGACCUGCAACAACGGCCUCGAACAUCGAAUUUAAGGUGCCAGAAGAACCAACAUAAAGGACGUAGAAGGCUCGCCAUGAAAGGGGUUACCGGAAGCAGCCAAGAGGCUUUAAAAUAGCGUCAAAGCUCUUGACUUCUCUGGGUAUAUACGUCGCAACUGCAUCGUUUAUUUCGAAGCGUAUAAUUGCGAAUUUUUUGCUCACGAAUAACGUGAAAUAAUUAGGUUUUUAGGGGUCUGGGGAUAACGUGCAGUAGUCGGGCAACGCUGCAGUCCUUCCCUAGACCUAAAAAGCUUGUAUAAUUAACCUUCCAUUAGAGGUGCUCGACACCGCAAUUCUACGCCGGUCCUAUAACAAGCUCAAAUACAAAAUGCUUUUAUAUAGAUUAUGAUAUAAAAUUUUCUGAAUCGUUAUAACGGUUUUUAAUAUCCUACCAAUGGGGUGGUUCGCGACUCCUUGCGAUGACAACUGCCGCGGGUCGGUAUGAUCAUCCACAACGGAAACUGAAAAACCAAUAAACUAAAAAAAACACAGGGUAUUUUUUUUAACAAACGUGGAACGGAACACAAAUUAAAUUGAAAAUCAUGAAAAACUUUAUAUCCGUUUAAACUACGGAUUUGGCACGGUACUUUUGACGGAUAAUUUUAGAAUCUCAAUGUUCUAAAUAUCGUGUCAAUUUUUAUGAAAACAGGAAAACAAAUCAUAGGUAAAGACCGACAAAUUCAAACUUGGAAUAUGUGAUCGCAAUAUUUUCAUUAGGAAUUUGGUCAAUUAACGAAAUGUCCACGUACAACGGUGAUCGAUCAUACAUGUAUGGUAAAAACAUCGUACGUUACCGAUGUAACGAAAUUUAAUGAAAUAAUUGUAAUUGUUAGUAUAAGUGGAUAUAAAUAAUGUUAGAACGUUCAUAUUAUAUAUUAUUGUUUGUACCUUAUGAAAAUUUAAGAAAAAAAAUAAUCAAAUCACUUUAAGAAACUACUAUAAAAUGUAUGUUUUACCGGUAUGCUUAGGGGUAUAUCAUAUGUGCUUUCCUGGAAGAUGCAUCAAUCACGAAUAAAUGUUAUUUCCUAA